AUGGAAUCACAGGCAGUGGAGAGUGGUCCCAAAUCCCAGUACCUACCCAAAUUCAUGACUCCAUGUCUUGGAAAAGGACUGGUCAAUCUGGAUGGACCCAAGUGGUUCCAGCAUCGUCGCCUACUGACUCCAGGAUUCCACCUUGACAUCCUAAAAACAUACAUUGAGGUGAUGGCUUACUCUGUGAACACAAUGCUGGGCAAGUGGGAGAAGAUUUGCAGUGCUCAGGACACGACCUUGGAGGUAUAUGAGCACAUCAGCUUGAUGGCCCUGGACAUAAUCAUGAAAUGUGCUUUUAGCCAGAAGACCAACUGCCAGAUAAACAGUACCUAUGAUCCUUAUCUAAAAGCAAUGCUCGAAAUGGGAAAAAUAACAUUUCACCAUUUGUAUAAUUUCCUACAUCACCAUGACAUAAUUUUCAAAUUCAGUCCUCAGGGAUACCGCUUUCAUAAGUUAAGCCAAGUGCUGAAUCAGUACACAGAUGUGCUCCCUGGCUGUAAAGUGCGCAGCCAUGUCCCUGCUAGCCCGCACCUCUGUGUGGGUUGGCAGACUCCAAGGGACCAGCUGAGCGAGCUGUCGUACACUGAAAUGCGCAUCAGUGAGGCAUUUCGCCUGAUUCCUCCUGUCCCAUCCAUUUCCAGGACACUCAACAAGCCCCUCACCUUCCCAGAUGAAUGCUCGUUGCCUGCAGGAAUGGUCGUGGUCCUCAGUAUUUGGGGUCUUCACCACAACCCUGCUGUCUGGGAAAAUCCAAAGGUGUUUGACCCUUUGAGGUUUUCUAAGGAGAAUUCUGAUCAGAGACACCCUCAUGCCUUCCUACCAUUCUCAGCUGGACCAAGGAACUGCAUCGGGCAGCAGUUUGCCAUGCUCGAGUUGAAGGUGGCCAUCGCCUUGAUUCUGCUCCGUUUCAAAGUGACUGCAGCCUCUCCCACACCUCUGCUCUUCUUGAACAACGUCAUCCUCCAACCCAAGAACGGGAUCCACUUGCACUUACAGAAACUGCCUGAAUGUCCAAUCCUAAAGCACAAUGGCUAA